UCAAGUGUUGAGCAGUGUUGAGUUGUUGUAACUUCGAUUUGUAUCUCACCGUGAUUGCGAAAAGGAUUCGUUAAAAUGUUUUGCUGCUCAGAAAAAAUGAAGUUUGAAAAGUUGCGAAGUUAAAAGGGGGGUAGCUCUGUCUAUAAAAAUUAUCUAAAAUAAAGGUUGUAUAUUUUGUAAAAUGUCGAGUAACUCUUUAUUGUUUUCUCUUAAUAAUGAGGGCAAAGUGUAUGCAUUACCUACAAGUGGAUCAUGUUGGAGGGAAUUCAUGUACCUCGGUUUGGAAUUUAAAACUUUAUCAGCUGUGCCACAUUUCCUUUGGGCAGUGGGAGGGGACCGGCAAAUAUACCUUCACGUUCAUGGAUUAGAAAUCCCUAUCAGGGUACAAGAGGAGUCCUACGAAAACGAACGUUGGCUGCCUCUGGAAGGGUUCAGUGCAAGACUCCUGCCAACUGAUAGGUAUCACUUUUCUUCUCAAGAUGGCACUCAAGACAGAGCAAUACAUCGCAUCAGGUUACCCUCCAUGGCUUGGCAAUGGGAAGGAGAAUGGCAACUCGAACUUACAUUAGAUGGACACCCUUUAGACCAUGAUGGAUGGACCUAUGCAGUUGACUUCCCAGCCCAGUUUGGGCCCAGUAAGCAGUGGAAGUCUUGUGUCAGGAGGAGAAAAUGGAUCAGGUAUAGAAAGUUUAGUGCUAUGAACUCCUGGUGUGCUAUAGCACCCCUUCACAAAGACCCCACUCAGGAACCUUUUAUUGAUGUAAGCAUUGGAGGAAACCAAAUACCAUUUGCAGGGCCUGGUACACUGUCAGUGUGGGCAAUUACUGCUCAUGGGCGAGUCAUGUACAGAGCCGGCGUAAGUGCCACAUCCCCUGAGGGCUUGAAGUGGACUAACAUUAGCAUUCCACCUAAUUGUGAUAUUAAACAAAUAUCUGUAGGAGCUACAGGUUUAGUAUGGGCUCUGCUUUGGACAGGCCGAGCCAUAGUAAGAAAGGGUAUUACGAAGGACUCACCUACUGGAGAAGGUUGGCUAGAAGUGAAGUCACCCAGUGAAACAAAGCUCACUGUCAUCUCUGUGGGAUAUAAUGCUGUUUGGGCUGUUAGUUCUGACAAUAAAGUUUGGUUUAGAAAGGGUGUAGAAGGCAACAUGGCUGGCACUUCUGAAGUAUCUGCAAUGGGCACUGGCUGGUUAGAAAUCACAGGAAACAUGACUCAUGUGUCAGUGGGAGUGAAUGAUCAGGUGUUUGCUAUAGGAGAGUCAGACAAGAGCAUAUAUUGGCGAAGUGGAAUUACAACUGCAGAAUUAACUGGAAAGAGGUGGAGAAUGGUACAAGCCAAUAUGCAACUAAGUCGAACAUCAAGUUCUGCAAGCAUGGUUUCAUCAGCAUCUAAUAAUGCAAAGCACCAUAGUUUGACCAUGCUGAAUGAAACUACACAACUAAAGUCUCAUAUUAAUAUUCACAAUUCUUGGGAAGAAUCCCAUUCGGCACCAAUAGAGCAUACGCUGCCAAUAAAACCACCCAAGGAACAUAUUUCCAAAAAGACUACAGCAGCUACAGAUAUUGAUUUAACAGGUAAAAGUUAUGAAACAACUUUGAAAAAUCCUCGAGCUUGGAGUCCAGUGCGGAGUGUGGGCUCAGUGGUGGGGAUGGAAGCCCAGCCGGACAGUGACAGCAGCGUGUUUGAUGUGGACUCUGGUAUGUAUUUUGAUGAGGAAGUUAGUCAGACUGCAUGGGGAACAUGUGACACUAAUUGGACUUUUGUUGAGGCUGGUGCUUGCUGCAUUGAUCCCGUACAAGUGCCACAUUGGUUCACAGAUAGCCAAAACUCACUCAAUUCAGACUUGAAUGCUAAUUGGCGUAUCCAGAUACUAGAUUGUUUAAAAAAUAGAAAUAAUCAAGAUCUUGACCUCUCCGACUAUGGCAUAGCUAUUGAUGAGAAGGGCUGGACUCGCAGUUGUGAAGCUAGGUUAAUCACUGCUAACAAUGCUGGAGAGGAUUGUAUUCUUUCACUGUACUGGCAUGCCUUAGAAAAUACAGGAACGUUAUCAGUGUUUAAGCCUGAUGGUACAAUCAAAUUUAUUUUAAACCUGGGUGAAGUCACAAGUGUUAUGUCAGCCUCUGAACCAGGAAGUCCCAGAUUAGCCUUAACAGUGCCGCGACAAAAUAAAGAGGCUAUUAAAAUACAGUUCAUGGCAGAAAUGGAACAAGAAGAAUGGCUGAAUGUACUGGUGGAUAUCACGUCACAAAUAAACGGACUCUCUGGAAAGCCUUCUGCAAGUUCUGUGUGGGCUGUUACUAGUUCUGGUGACAUACUGAACUGGGACCCCAUGUCAAUCCAACAAAACACUGAAAAUAAAGGGUCUUAUAGCAAGGAAUACCAACUGAUAGGAAAAAAUAUAGUACCAGGAUUUGUUACAACAUUGGACAAUAAUUUCCCACCAGGCACCUCUCUCAAAAUUGUUGGCAGCUUAUUUGAUGAAGUUGGCCGGUUUCAUGUAAAUUUACAAGGUCCAGAGGUAAAAAAACAGAGGCAUAAAAUCGAAACUGAAGUACCUGAAGUUCACUUUCAUUUUAAUGUUCGAUUUGAUCAGAACACAGUUGUAUGCAACACAAAAACAUCUGGUAACUGGGGUCAGGAAGAGCGUUAUGAUUUACCUCUAGCUCCUGGUCAAGAAUUUACAAUAAACAUUAUUUGUAUUAGAGAGGGAUUCAAGGUUUUAGUUAAUGAGAAGAAAGUUUGUUUUUAUAGGCACAGAUUAACUCCAGAUAGCAUAACAUCAGCACAAAUUCUAGGCCCUAUGAAACUGUAUACAAUGGAAUACACCUCUACAAGUCCGAUUAUAGGUCCAGAUGAAAUGUAUUGGCGAAUGAUAGGAGGAUACUUACGAAGGAUAGAGAGUAGUCAAAAUGGAAUCGUUUGGGGAAUAACACACGACCACAGAGUUUGGGUGUACACUGGAGGAUGGGGUGGAGGUAUUUUGAAAGGAAUAGGCAGCAAUGAUGGCAUCAACUCAAUGAACGAUACUCAAACAUACUGCAUAUACGAGAACCAGCGUUGGAACCCCCUAACUGGCUACACGUCGGUUGGCUUGCCCACGGACCGCUACAUGUGGAGUGACAUUACUGGGAAACAUAAGAGAACAAGAGAACACACAAAGUUGUUGAGUCGCCACUGGCACUGGAUAUCAGAAUGGAUGGUGGACUACAAUACGCCAGGAGGCGUGGACAGCGACGGCUGGCAGUACGCGACCGAUUUCCCAGCGCCAUACCACGGAAAGAAGAUAUUCACGGACUGUGUUCGGCGCAGACGGUGGUACAGGAAAGCUCAGAUUAUAACGGAGGGUCCGUGGGUCCGGGCCGGGAGUACCCCGCUGCUGGAUAUAUCUUUAUGGAAUGAAGGUGACAACACUUCAGUGUGGGCCGUCACGCUCGGCGGAGAUGCGAUAUACCGGACCGGAGUCACAGUCACAGCUCCCGCGGGUACUCACUGGGAACACAUUAGCAAUCCACAAUCUUUAAUCGCAAUAAGCACGAGUUGCGGAGUUGUCUGGGCCGUAGGCCGAAAAGGAGAACUUUACUAUAGGGAAGGCAUCUCCACUGACAACCCUGCAGGUUCCAACUGGAAGUUGAUCGAAGCACCUAAAUGUACUAUUGGAUUUUCACACAAGGCGAAAGUUACUGCGAAGUCAGUAUCGUUAUGUAAUGGAGCGGCCUGGGUCAUUCUAACUAACGGUAUAGUGGUUGUCCGAACUGGCAUAACCAAUACCUGCCAGGAGGGAACACACUGGAAAUAUAUGACAGUUCCAUUUACGGACGACAAGAGCAUGCAUUCGAUAAAAGCUUUAUCACUGCAUCGAUUUAUAAUGCAAUUGUUUGAUAACGAGAUGACAUUCAAGCAAGUGUCGAGCGGGGAGCAAGGCGUGUGGGGAGUGGACUCUGACGGGGUGCUGCACCGCCGGCUCGGGGUCUCUGCCACCAAUCCGGUCGGCAUCGCGUGGCAGCCCGUGCUGUCCGGCGGCGGCGCCCUACUGCACGUCUCGGCCCGGGGACGCCCUCUUUAAAUGUACUCCGUAUUUAUUAUUUAGUCAUGUGAAAACGUGUACCAAAGCUUGACUAAGUUGUGGCCGAUUGUAUCAACUUGUCGAUUAAACGAAGGAACUCCUAACUUAAAUAUUUCUACCAAAGAAAAAGUAUUAAGUACAAUGACACUUCCAUAUUUCUGCUGCCCCCGCUUUAUAUGAACUAUUUUGUAUGACUGUUGUAAUUUAUCCGAAUUCAUAUCUUUCGCAGUCUAUAGUUGAAAAAAUUGGCCCAUAUCCCAUGCGUCCCUAUAAGGAUCUCUAAAAAAAAUACUUGUGAUAUAAUCUUCCAAGUUAGACUGCAGUUAAAAGGCUUUUAUUUAAUAUGCUCAUAUCGUGUUAAAUUUAUGUACGCCCCAAAGCUUUAGGUAAGCGAUUAUUGUAUAAUUAUAUUUAGAAAAAACGACCCAAUGAACUUAAUACUGUAUUUGACUGAAUAUACCUAUGCGAAAUCAGUAUGAUAUGCAUCGGCUUAUCAAAUCGUGCAGUUAACUGAACGUCACUUCGCACACAAUGCUUAACAAUAGAAUUGUACCUACCUAUGUUUUGAGAUAUUAAUUUUUUCGUCGCCAGUGAUAUUAUGAGUGUAAAAUGUAUUUCUAGUCAUUAAGGAAAUUGUUAGAUACGUUAUUAAGCUCUCAUUUUAAAUAUAAGCUUGAGCAGAACCAUAAUAUAAUAAAAAUAAUAUAUGCAUUUUACAA